GCGUGGGGGGGGACGACGAGGGAGUGGGGGUCGUGGGGGCGGCGGCGGCGGUGGCAGCGGCAUGUGUGCGUCGGAGGCGCUGUGUGACUCGGCAGACGAGACGGACCGCGAGGUGAGCAGCUUGACGGACAGGGCCUUCCGCUCGCUCUGCAUCGGUGACGAGGCCGUCUACAACGACGGCGACACCUCCUCCCCCCUCAAGCAGACGGCCGACCAGACCAUGCCCCUCACCGCGCUGGCCAAUCAGAUGCUCCCCCUCACCUCGCUGGCCUGGGGAGCCGAGGUACCUGAGGGGGGGUGGCCGACGGGCGACGAUGCCACCAUGGCGACCUUCUGCGAGCAACAGCAACAACAGCAGCAGCUAGAGCAGCUGUCGUAUCUUAGCAACGGCUCCAUGGAGGCGCUGUGGCAACAGAGGCAGCAGAGCUCCUCUCGUGUCUCCUCGCUCAUCAAGGCCUUCAGCACCGGCGGGGACGGUUACUACGACAACGCACUCGCGGACGCCAUGGCGGGCAAGCAGGCGGGCGGCGAGUCAUGGGACCGAGCGGCCAUGCUGAGUCUGCAGCAGGAGCUGAACGACAUCUCUGCGCUCCAGUCCGGAUUCCCGUCGCCGUUCCAGGCCGGGUUUGCGGGUUUUCCCCAGGGGUUCGGGGGGUUCCCUCAGGGCUUCGGGCCAAUGGAAGGAGGGGACCCCGGGAACUUCCUGUGGGGAGGGGGUAAGAUGAAAGGUGGGGGACGCCUUCUGAACGCCACCAACCUGUUCCUCCACAGCGAGUUCAGCCCUUUCCAGGCCUGGAGCUCCUACAAACGCCAACCAUCUUAUCCUCCCCAGACCAGCAUGGACUGCCCCCCACGCUGGUAUGACUCUCCGCUAUAUAAGGAGCUGACGGCUGCUAACCCCCCUCCCCCGCCCAUCAGGGCUCCGAGCCAUUCGGACGCCCGCAGGACACAGAGGAGGCAGGUGGAUGACUGGGCACAAGCAGGGGCACCCAUGCCCGGCCCAGAGACGUACGCCGACACACAGACGCACACUGUCACCCAGAAGGCGUGGUCUGUAGAGAAGCGCUGCGAAUCAGAGCUGGCGGCCAACGGGGCGCCGUGGAAACGUCUAGGGGGCGUGGCCAGAGGCAAACUGCCCACCCACCGCCCCGCCACCGUCUCCCCAACAACCAGCGAAGGUUUCCGUCGCCCAGAGCAACUGCAACGUCCUGGCCCCGCCCCCGAGGACCUGCUGCCUAGUGACAUCACGCCUUUGCCGAGCAGCAGCACUCCGUUCAACAUCUCGCAGUUGCUGACACCCGUGCUGCCCCCCCGCGUUGGAACAGACUGCUCUGAGCUGUCCAUGGGUGCCCCUGUGCUGGCGGAUGGAGAGCAGCAGCAGCAGCAGAGAGUCGAGGUCCGUCAGCUGCGCGACGGCUACAAGGCGCGAGCCUCCAGCCUGCUCUUCAACCUGAAGGACAACCGCAAGCGCGUGAAAAACACCUACAGCCCCACGCGCUUCAGAACGCAGGAUGGCGACCGCAGCAGCCGACAGCCAUCCAGGCUCGAUGGGCUACAGGCUGACGCUGCGGAGGCCGCGCACACACUACAGGCGGACACGGAGGACACACACACUUACGAGCCUUCGCACACUCUGCUGGCUGAUGAGCAGCUAACCAACGUGCCUUCUCACACUGUGGACACACUCAGGGAUGUGCCUCUACACACACUGGAAAUGGACGCAGCCACCCAUACACUGGGCAUGGAUGUACCUGUACACGCAGCAGGUGAUCCUACACAAACACUGGACAUGGAUACACUUGGUGGUGUACCAGUGCCUGAUGAGAUACUGCCUGCACCCCCGCUACCCAAGCCGCCCAAAAUCAUUGAACCCCCUGCACCCCCUAAGUUGUCUCCCCCCUCCAUCGAAGUCACCAUGGCCCCCUCGUCCUCCCCCCUGCCCCCACCCUCGGAAACCUCCGCGUCUCUGGCCAGUGCCGAGGAGCUGCCCCUAUUCUCUGACACACGGGAGGGGGGUUAUAACCCGACCCUUCCCCCUAUCUCCGCUCAACCACCUGUGCCCUCCCCUGGCCCACCAGCCCCCUAUCCUAUCCCCUCUUCUCCUUCACUCAUGCCCUCCUCUCCUGCUGCUGUCCCGUUGGGUGCCAACGGCCCCCAGGACUACUUGUCCGCACUCCCAGGUGGGGUGGCACCAGGAGCGGUACCCGCUUACGGAGGACACCACCCCACACACACCACGAGGGAGCCAGGGCUUUACCACAUGCACAAACACACGCUGCCCACUUCCGUGCACACACACCCCCCAAACAGUCAGCCCACCGCUGCUGCCAGGGCACACGCGGACACACACACACUGCCGGACACACACGUGGGUCAGCCUGUUGAGCAUGCGUCUGUGUCUGCUGUCACCAGAAGCACACACACGCCGACGCACACGCAGGCCUACCCACAGCCACAUAUGCAGCCUUACCCACAGGCGCAAACCCCGACACACACACAGGCAUAUCCACAGGCGUACACGCCAACAUACACACAGGCCUACCCACAAGCAUACACGCCAUCGCACACGCAACCAUACCCCGAGGUAUCCACACCAUCGCACACACAAGCGUACCCCCAGGUAUCCACACCAUCGCACACACAGGCGUACCCACCUUAUCCUCAAACACAGACACCAUCGUACACACAACCCUACCCACUGACACAGACUCCCACAUACACACAAGCAUACCCACAAGCUUACACACCAUCACACACUCAACCAUACCCCCCCCACACACAGGCGUAUCCACAGGCAUACACACCUACACAACCGUAUCCGCCCUCCUACCCACAAGCACAAACCCUGUCACACCCACAGACAUACUUACAGGUCCCUCACAAUCACACACACACCCAAGGACACACCCCGCCUCACAGCCAAGCGUACCUAAAUCCGUACCCUCCCGCGCACACGCAGGCAUACCCUCAGCCCUACGCAGCGUCACACACACAGGCAUACGUGCCCACACACACGCAGCCAUAUGCCCCGACACACACACAUGCUCACACUCUGCCACACACACAGCCGUACCCCCAGGCAGACAGCGUAGGUGUGUGUGAGAACAGCACCACAGUAGUCAUCGAGCCUCCUGAUGCCUCCAUUGUAGACCCGUACAACCUCCCACACACACAUGCACACACACAUGCACAGCACACCCUCAGUCCAUACUACUACAACCCCACACACAGUCCACACACACACACCGCUUACCAGUACAACCCAUACACUCACAGCACACAACCUCACAACCCGUACGCUCACACUCACACGCACUCUCACGACAUGGCCUACUAUGGCGCUCCGUAUGCCCCGCACGCAUACGACGCACACCGCCAUGAUGGGCAGCACUUGCAUGACCCGUACGCACUCAUGGGAGCGCCUUCAUAUGGUGAGCAGAACACACACAUGGACUCCCACGGCUACCCGUCCCACGAGACGGCAGCGCAGCAUUAUAACGCCCCGUACACUCCCCAUGCUGUUGCAGAGCCACAGGGUGUUUACGGACAUGACAACACACAGGUGUUUGCUGACGUCCAACACGCACCUCAGGUCGACGCUGUGCACGCACACGCUCACACCUCCAUGGACAUGCAGCGCUACAGUCCGACACAGCACGUGCAGCAUACACUCCCAGGUGCAGUCAAUGGUGUGUCAGAGCAGACAGAUGCUGUGGCUAGCAGAGAGCCUGAGAGAAGGGCCCAGAAUGUUGCAACCAGUGCCUCCGAUGCUGGGAGCAGCGAGCAUGACCUGCCCAAAUCCACUCAUGCAAGGGGCGGUAAUAGGGAUAUGCCCAACACCACCUAUGCAAGGGGCGGUGACAGGGAUAUGCCCAACACCACCUAUGCAAGGGGCGGUGACAGGGAUAUGUCCAACACUACCUAUGCAGGCAUUGAGACACAACAUGCGAUGUCCUACACCACUAAUGAAAGCAUGCAGAGCGCACAGCCUGCCCUGUUCAAAGGCCCUGAUGAAAACAUACAUGCCCAAAAGGCCACGUCUAAAGACACGGCAGGAGUCGCCAAACAGAGUGUGCCGUCCAAAAAUACCAGCGCGGGAAGAAGUGAGAAGGAUCUGUCAAAAACCUCCUAUACAGGGAUGGCCACACAGAGUACUAUGUCUGAAAGUACUGCAGGGAGCAGGAAGAGUAAUCUCUCCAAUGAAAGGAUGACCACCAAUGAAAGGAUGGAUACACAGACUGCCCCACCCCAAAGUAAGGCCGCAGUGGACAGAAUGGAGGCCCAGACUGGCGAGUCCAAAGCCAUUGACGGCCCUGCAAAAAGGAAGCCAGAACAAACAACUCCGCCUUCACAAAGAGAACCCAGUAAGAUCUCUCCACAGACACCCCACAAAGGCACGCCCCUCACACCAUUCAACGCCCGGAAACAUAUGCCUUAUAAGGACCCUCAACCAACACCUGAAAAAGACACAGCACUCACACCAUAUAGUGCCAGGAAGCAAAGACAGCUAAGAGAGCCUCCAAGUGAGCCCGACAUGGACCCGGUAGUCAUGCCUUACAACACCAGGAAGCACAUGCCUUAUAACGAGCCUCCACUCUCACCUCGCAAAGACACAGAGUGGCUGCCGUACGUUACUCGGGCUUAUGGCCCACUCAAGGACAACAUCCAAUCAGGGACAGAGGCCACCACUCCCUCUAAAGACACAUCCAGGCAACAGAUGGUUCAGGAAAGGUUGACAGACGACACAUACUCUAGGAAGGAUGCAGCUUUGGAUGCUGUGUCUCCCACGGUUGUCAAGGAGACAGAGAAGAGUAUGAGGAUGCUGGAGGAGAGGAGACGUAAUGGAAGCUCAAGGCCAGAGUUGAAAGAACAGCAGAGCGUCGCCAAAGUAAUCCAAGAGGAUGACAGGCAGGCUAAUCGUGAUGUAAUACCAGAUUACAAGAUGAAACAGAACAAUGGCAAAGUAGCCCCAGAUUAUGGCACCAAGAACAGUAAAGAUAAAACAAUGUUGGAUUACAGCACUGAACGCCAGGAUGUGGAAGUGGUCCCAAAUAAAAGGGAGAGAGAGCUAGACAGAGAGGUAGGUGGAGACACGGACAAACGCACUGUGCAGAGUAGAGCCAAGAGUCAGGAGAGUACUGCAGGACCGGUAGCAUCUUCAUCAAAGGCCCAGCACAUAGUCAUGGACCAGCGGAGUGAAGACAAGCACUAUACAACCACUAACAGUCAGCCCAAAAGAUCCACUGACACUACAACCAACACACAGCCAGGAAACAAGAGGAACUCAGAAGAGACCACUAGGGUGAUACCUACAGCUUCACAGCCACCCAGUCUGCCAAUAAGCACAAACAACAACCUACCUGCAAAGAACUCGCUGGCAUACACAACCCCAACAACUGAGAAGAGUGCUCAGGACAGUCAUCCAGAACGCACACCCACUCCUGUAAGGUCCCAGUCAGCUCCUAGUGGCCAGCCCCCCAACACACAGGCAACAGCCACGCAGCACCCAGUCAGUGACCACAGCCAGUCAAAGGCCACCAAGCAAACGGCUGUAACCAGUACCACUAAGCAGCCGCCACGCAGGAUGACGCCAAUAAUGCCCAGGAAACUCUUCCUCAACAACGUCCAACCUGUGUACAAGCCUUCAUCCAGCAUCAGCCAGCGAUUUGCAACUAAUAAUAACCAGAAGCAGCCAAAUAGCCAGCCAACAACGCCUAGCGAGCCAGAACCCCCCCAAAAUACCCAGGAAUCUGUAGCUAACAAACUUACAGACAACCCCACAGGCAACAAGGAAAUCAGCAGUGAAAGCCAGCAUGGCAAAGAAACAAGCAAUAGUCCUAAGCCAAUCAGAGCUCAGGUUUUCACAGUGGGUAACCAACCUGAACCAAUGAAAUCUAGAGUAGAUGAUGUGGUUAAACUACCUGAACCGAUUAAAUCUACAGUGGAUGUAGUUAAGCUACCUGAAGCAGUCAAAUCUAAAGCAGAUGAUACAGUUGAACAACCUGAAACAAAUAAACCUAAAGCUGAUGGUGUUCCUAUCCCACCAGAAGCAGUCAAAUCCAAAGUGGAUAUUGGUGAUAAACUAUAUGAACUGAUGGAAUCUAAAGUGGAUGUUGUUGGUAAGCUCCCUGAGCCAGUCCAACCUAAAGAAAAUGUGAAUAACAAACCCAAAACAAUCAAGCCUGAAGCAGAUUCCAUGCAUAAACCAGACAAAUCUAAAAUUGGCACAACAGGUUUUGUUCCUGAACCAGUCAAAUCUAAAGUGGAUGCCAUGGGUAACCAACCUGAACAAAUCAAACCUGAACCAAUAAAAUCUGAAAAGGAUGGCAUAAGUGUCCAACCUGAGCAAAUAAAACCGAAAGUAAAUGCUGUUAAUAGCGAAUCUGAACCACCAAUCAAAACCAAACCAUAUUUUGUGGGUAUCCAAGCUGAUUUGAGCAAUCCUAAAGUUGACAGAGUAGUGCUCCCUGAUCCCAUGGCUAAACUUCAGUCCACAAUCAGUGCUGAAGCACAAUCCCCACCAUCUAACUCCACCCUCAAACCUAAUCAGAGCCAAUCAUAUGCCUUGCAGCCCACCAAUGAGAAACAAGAGAGUACCGAAAUGGCCACCAAUGCAAAUCCACAGGCAACCUCUGUGUUAUCAGCUAAUUCUAAACUUCCAUAUAAUCCACCAACAUCAGAUCAAAACACCAACCUUCAGCAUCUUCUACCCAAUCAUGCUCCAACUCAAACAUUGGUCAAGCAGUUUAAAGAACAAAAUCCAACUCCAUCAACCAACAAAAGUCAACAACAAAAUACUAUGUCAUCAAUUUAUUCAACCACUAACAAUCCACUAUAUGCUAGGGAGCCUAUGGCAGGUGAGGCGGGCCAGGACUUGACCCAGCCAGUCAGAGAGGAGCGUUUCAGCAUCACUGACAUUCUGUCUAUUCGGGACAGGGAGCUGAUGCGACGCGAGCGCCUGAAGGAAAUCCGACUUGGUGAUGUCACACAGCCAACAAAUCAGGCAGAGCCUGAGCCGGGACACGCUGCCCAGACGAAGGAUGGUACACAAACUGGGAAGAACUACGGACCAUAUGCCAGCAAUACAAACACAGAGACAUCAGUCACGGCAGAUAAAGGGCCAGGCAAAGUCCUCUCCACCAAAGAGAGAGCCCAGACCAAGCAGGAGUUGUUGACAUCCAAAGUGAAAGCACAUGCUCAGAAGGAAAUAUCAGCCCUGAAGGAAAAGGGAUUCUUGUCCAAAAACACUCCCAAGCCGCUGCCCAUGGCAACCAAGGAGAAGGCAGCUGAGCCGCAACAGGCAUCAGGACAGAAGGAGAUCACAGCUGACAAGCUCAACCACCUGUUCAAGGAUCUCACAAGGUAUGGAGAUGCCAAAGAGCCAGAGGCCGACAACCUUUGGCAAAUCCCACAUCCUGAGGGGCAGGUCCUGGAGCCAUCAGCUUUACUAAACAAUCCAGAACAGGUGGAGAGCACAGGUCUGCCUUUUACCAACCCAGAGCACACACAUAGUGAGCAAGACCCCACCUCGGUAAAGGAUGGACAGAUUCUGAAAGAAAGAGAAACAGCAAAAUCCGACACAUACGCUCAGAGAGAGAUAGCUGAAGCCAAAACAGACAGAGAUGCUCUGAAACAGGCAGACGCAAAGUCAAAUACAGAAAAGCCUAGAACUCAGGUUGGGAAAGAAAGAUCAGUUCCCACUGAGGAGGGAGAUACAAUUGUAAAGGAGAGGGGACACAGAGAGGUUUCCUCUGCAUCUACGCAAAUAUCUGACAGCAAGGAUAAGAGCCAAGUGAAGAAAAGUGUGCCCUCUGAUGUCAAGCAGAAUGAUGUCAGUGAAAAGGUUAACAAUGUCACAGAAGCUAAUAAAUCUAUGCUGGCUAGCGACCAUCAGGAAAAGAACACAGUUGCAGCCUCAAUAGAUACAAAACCCCAGGCUCCCGUGGAGGCAGACUCUGAAUCCACCACCAGACAGAACAAAACUCUUAUCCAACCAGAGACAGCUGUUAUUAAGUCAACACCUCUUCAUGUUCAACCUGAAACAAGUAAAGUUGAAGCUACAUCUUCAACACCAACUAUUCCUGCAUCCCAUUCACACCUAAAUGAGACCGAUGUGUCCAGUAAAGUGCAGCAGAAAGACUCUGGUGCCCAGCCCAUAAAGGAAUCAUCCCUCCCCCAGACAGCCCCGCCCCCAGUGGAUCACAUGACCCCUGAGACCUCCAGAAAGGCAGAUGACAUCACUACAGGCACAGUAGACACAAAGAGCAGUAGUGAAGCUGAAGAGGAAAAGGAGGAUGGUUUCUUCCUGGAAAUCCAGUCCAUAUGUGGAUAUGUGAAACCAUUGAUUGCAUGGGCAGAUUCCUCCUCUGAAGACACAGGAAAAGGCCGUCCGGGUUUGACUGUGAGAGUCAUUGAGCAUGGAAAAGGGAAUGAUGAACACAAAGGUCUUACAGAGUCCAGUGGAGGGGAAGCCAUGACAGAUGGCACAAGGGAAGAAAGUGGCCGACAGGGCUUUACAGUGACUGUGAUUGAGCGAGACAGAAGGAGAGACGAACAGAGCGGCUCCCCAGACUCCAGUAAAGAAGUAGCAAAGACUGAUGCCAAGCAGACACAGCAUAUAGACAACACAGAAGAAGAUCAGAACAAGCAGCUCAGAGACAAAAAUCUAGAGCAAAAUCAAGAUCAACAGAAUAAGCAAGAGCAAAAUCGAGAAUCUCAGAAUGAGCAGCAGGAAGAACUCAAAGAAGAACAGAAGCAAGAGCCGCAGAGGCCACUCAAGGAGGAUCAACUGCAAGAACACAAGAAAGUCAGCGGGAAAGUAGAGAGAAUUAAGGCUGAAGAGGAGAAGACACAAAGAGCGAGAGACAACCGAGCUUUCAUCAGAAAGGUAGAAGAGAAGGCACUAGCAAAAGACAGCCAUAGUUUUAUGAGAAAGGGGGAGGUAGCAGACAAAGAUGCAAACGAUUCUGAGAGCACUGUGGGGAAGGAGAGAGUCUCUGUGAAUGGGGCUGACCAAACACCAAAGAUGGUAGACAAGCAGCAGCCAGAGAAGAUGGAGGGUGAUGUUAAUGUAAGCCAAGAGGUGACAGUGCCCUCUAGGGGUGAAUCCGAGCUCAGCAGACUCUCAGUUGAGAGGGGAGAGCCCACUGCUGUGAAAGUUAAGGUGGAUGAAGGAGCAGCAAAACACAAAGAGACUCCCUCCACAGACACAGAAACACACGCAACUAGCCCAAGCCAGACACACACUGCAGCUGAGAUGAGGGGAGGAAGAGGGACAACAGUCGAGAGACAAAAAGAGAGGGCAGGAGAUUCCACAGAGGCAAAAGCAAGAGUGGAUCUUAAAGACUCUCAAACAACACAAGCGGACAACCCAGACUCAACAUCAGACGCUCCUCAGACCAAACCUACAGCAGAAAAUACCAGAGGAAAAGCAUCUUUCACCAGUAAUGACAACAUUAAAUCUAGGAAUAGUGCUGACCUCAAAAAUGAAGCACAGAGUAGGAUGGCAGAUCCCCCUGCAGAUGCUAAAGACCUAACACAGAAGGCAAAAGAUGAAAAUGUUAUCAAACCAGCCGCAGAUGUUAGUGCUAAACCGGAUGUCGGAGGAGAGACUCCAAAACAGAAAACUCAGGAAAUCAAAGGUGCUGCCCCAGGAUCUAAAGCCAGUGAAGAUUCAACACAGAAACGUUUAGCAGACACCUCCUCUGAGCCUCAAGUCAAAGCAAGGGCCACAGAAGAGGAGAAGUACAGCAUUGUGGCAAGUCGAGAGUUAAUAUCUGCAAUACAGACACAAGACAUUUUGGACGCCAAGGUGGAUGCUAGGGCAGGCCGUCGGCCAGACACCAGGCAAGACACGAUGACAGCAAGGGAUGCGUCCACAUUAGCCGCACAAAGAGAAGCAUGGAGGAGUGCAAGAGAGGGAGGAAAGGGCAAAGAGAGAGGGAGAGGAAUGAGAGAGGGAGGCGCAAGGGAGAGAGGACAGUCCUUGGACAGAGAUGUGGGGAUGAGGGACAGGCGGGUGUCAGUAGAUAGAGAAAGGGGAGGGAGGGAGAGAGGAGUGUCAAUGGACCGAGAGAGACCAGCAAGAGAGAGAGGAGGGUCUGUGGACAGAGAAAGGCCAACAAGAGAAAGGGGAAUAUCCGUAGAAAGAGACAGACCAAGGGAGAGGGGAGUCUCCAUAGACAGAGAAAGACCAGCGAGGGAGAGAGGUCAGUCAGUGGACAGAGAGAGAGAAAGACGAGAGUAUGGAUCAAGAGAUCAAGAGAGAGGACGGGCAGCAGUGAGAGAACAACGAACAGGGGGAUCCAUGAAGGCCAGACAAGAGAGGGAGACUGCUAUGGAUAGAGGCAGAGGAGAGACAGAGGUGCAGUUCAAAGAGAGACUCGAGGACUCCAAAUCCCAUAAUGUCCUGCAGUCCACAGAAAGAGCAGGACGGGGCAGGCAGGGCAGGAUGAAUCCAUCUGAGAAAGGCACUGGAGCGCCACCUGCGGUCACUCAAGCGAACAUCAGCGCAACCAUCGACACAACCAAGUCCCAUAAGGCCGAGUCCAGUUCAGAAACGCAGAAGCAGUCAAUAGCAACCACCAUGCAGCAUCAGGAGGACCCUGCUCGUAAGGACACAAAGGACACUACUGAGGCCCCCAGAGGACGCACCCCCAUCCAGCUUCACAUGCGUAGCCCUGAACCACCCCAGCCUCCAGCAAAACACAGAAUACAAAGCCGCCAGCCCCAGGUACGGAGCCCCGAACCACCUGAACCCCCCAUACGUAGCCCCCAUCCUCAGCCCCAGAUACGCAAACCUGAACCACCUGAGCCCCCUAUACGUAGCCCCCAUCCUAUAUCCCAUAUACGGAGCCCCGAACCACCUCAGCCACGCCUACGUAGCCCCCAUCCUCAGUCCCAGAUACGCAGCCCCCAUCCUAUUUCCCAUAUACGGAGCCCCGAACCACCAGAACCCCCCAUACGUAGCCCCAAUCCUCAGUCCCAGAUACGGAGCCCCGAACCACCGGAGCCCCCCAUACGUAACCCCCAUCCUCCGAUACGUAGCCCCCAACCUGCUCAGCCGUCAGUAGAUUCUGCCCGUGUUCAGAUGCUGAAGGAGCCGUCUAGGGUAGCAGAGCGACAGCAGACUCGAUCUGCCUCCAGACCAGAGAUAUCCGCCCUGGCAGACUAUGCCCGACUACGGGUUCUCCCUGACCGUGAGGACGACAUCACAAAUGACGAUACUUCAUUCCCUGUCUCACUGGCAUAUGCAAAAUCGCACACUGCUGUUGCCACUGAGGUGCUUGCCGGCGAGCCAACUCUAGAGAGCUUCACGGCGGACAAGGCACGACGCGAGGCGGAAGCCAACAUGGCACGAGUGCUGCGCUACCGUGAGCGGGAGAAGCAUGCCGGCAGCCGAAUGCCAGAUUUCAGGCGGAGCACUGAAAGCCACGCUGGACCGGCCUCUACCGUCGCCACUAAAGAUCACAGGAAGGAAGGUCAGAAUCGCGAACCAAUCAAAGAAGAGGACAAAGUUAGCCAGGCGGAGCUUCGUCUCACAGCUCUGGCUCAGUCGCCGCAGGUGAAAGGUCGUCGCCGUGGUGCAUCUCUGCCCCGUGAGGCCAUCCGCGACCGGUCCGCAGAGAGAGAGUUCUACCCUGCUCAACGGGGCCGUCCUGGAGUACCUAGGAACGCCUCUCAGGGGCCUGCAGUGGUGGCAGUGGAGCGUGGGCCAGAGACCCAAACGGAGGAGACACCUGAGCAGGAGUCGGAGCCCCUGCAGUACUACUCGGUCAGCUCUCAGGAGCCUGAGCCAAAACCCUUACACACUAAACACACGCACAUACUACAGCCUGCACAACCUGCUCACAAACACACACUGCAGCCAGCAUAUGAUCCCGAAGGGCUAAAACACACACAGGGCCAGCCUAUAGGGCGGGGCAGGGUCAGAGAGAAUGGCUUCAUCCAGGACUACACAGCCGCACCGAUGGCAGAGGAGAACUUUGUAUCCUCAGAUCACCCAGCAGUCAUGAGGAAUGACAGACACGGCAAUGACACAACAGGAAGAGAUGUUGGCAUGGACAAUGGGAGGUCAAAAGCUGUGGUGACUCCCCGUCUCUCCUCCAACCCGUCAUCCCCUGCGUUCGGCAAGCCCAUCAUGUUCAACGUCAAGGACAACACCUUCAGGGUCUCCUCGGUAACCAAGGCUGUCAAGCCCCGUCUCCACCGCACCAGCUUCUCCGAGAGACCCGAUGACUACCUCCCUGGUGACCGCACUAACCCCUCCCCAUCCCCCCAGCCGCACCCCAUUCGCGCCUUCCAUCAGCAGUCUCGCGAUGCCUACCAGCACACACCUGCAACCUAUGAUGGUUUGCCCCCGGCAGAGUCUCCGGCGCCCCGUGAUUCCGUGGGCCGCUUCCGUCGCAGUCUUGCUCUGGACGACGAGGAUGCGCGCUCCGUGGCCAGCAUGCUGUCCGAGGACACUGACGCCGGUUACUAUGGCUAUGGAGACUCAGAGUCAGAGCGGCCGGAGUCGGCUUGCAGCCUGAGCAGCCAGUCGGGCCGCCCACCCCCCGUUGCGCCCAAGAGCGAGAAGGCUCUCCGCCGCGCCAAGCGCCUCACCUCGCGACACCUGAGGAAGGCUGCGGCCAAAACCGUCGCCAGCGUCCCCUCUUCACCCACACAGGUGCUCAGUGAACCCCUGCAGCUCCCCAACCAACAUCACCAUCACCACCACCAACAACCCCAGCCACACACCCACGCCCAGUACCAUGUUAGCGCCGGCUACGCCCCUGCACCCGGUGUGGUGAGCCCCGCGUCAUUCUCAGUCUCCCAGCGGAAAUUGCUCCAGGACCCGAGCUCUGGACAGCUGUUUAUGGUGGACGUCCCUUUACCUACCGUCAAAACCAAGACAUUUUUCGACCCCCAGACGGGGAAGUACGUGCGACUGAACGUCCGACAACCGGCGGAGGCCGCCAGAGCCGUGCCUGCUGCCCCGCAGUACAUGAUGUACCCCGGCACUGCUGGGUACCUGCCCAUGCCCCUGUCCUCACUGCCUACCCGACGCUCAGCAUCACAGAUGUCGGCGCCUGCCACGCUCAUGCAGGACGAGCUGGACCUGGAGCUGGUUGAGCCAGUGGAGCGCCCUGUGCCCUCUGGCAGGCUUCAACAGCAACAGCAGCAGCAGCAGCAGGCUUGCGACGCCCCUGCUCCUGCCCCUGCCUACAAGGAGCCAAAACGCCUCGGAAUCAUCACCAUGACUGAACUGGAGGACUUUGCCGUGGAAAAUGCGUGAUGGGAUGGUGGUUACCACGGACAAAGUAUGAUGGAAUGGAUGUUGGAUACCAUGGAGGUCAGAUGAUAGGGUGGCGGUGACCAUGGACUAUGCAUGGUGGGAUAUGAUGGAACUUACGAGACAGUGCCAGCGGAGCGCUGGGUACCACAGCUGGAUGUGAGAAAACAGGGUGGCAGUCAUACGCCUCGGCUAGGGGACAGUUGGACACCUGCCAAGGCCAGAAGAGAUGCUGUACCUCCAGAUGGAUGGCAUGGGAUGGCAGUAACAGUUCAGAAUAAUGUCUCCAGAGCUUUUUGUUUGUGGGGAAUGUAGAAUGCAUGUGCAAUGGCAUGAGAUGGGAUGGCAGUCACAAUAUGUUGCCAGAGGACAACUGAGCAGCAAGAACAGCUGGGGAAAGAAAGGAUAUAAUGGACUGAUGUAAACUGAUCAGUGAUCAGUGAACUGAUCUCUUAUGCCUCUUAUGCUGCUGCUGUUUUGUAAUCAUGAACUGAUCUAAAGUACAUGUACAGUAUAUGGUCUAGUCAGGCAUUGUGCUACUCUGACUGUUGUCUGAUCCCUUGGCUAAUCUGCAUGCUUAUCCAACUUAUCCAAGGGAAUUCAACUUUCAACUGUCACCUCGGUCACAGAGGGGGGAUCAUUCUAGAAUGAUCGGAGUGGACAGGUGUCCAAACAUCAAUCACUAUAUCAUAUCGCUGUGGAAGAGUGGAUGAGUGAGUGAGUGA